AUGUCGCUCAGACUUAUCCGACCCGCUGCCCGUGCUCUGCUGAACGCACGAUCCGCAAUUCCCGCUCGGAUCGUAGCUGUCGCUCCGCGAGUCGCUGCACCUGCGUUCCGAUCCUUCUCCAUCUCUCAACGGAGAUUAGGGAACGGCGAGAGUGAUGCAGUUCUGUCCGCUGCUAUCUCUGCAGAACACGCCUACGAAGUGCAGGAGACCAGUGCCCAACCCGAGAUCCCCGAGUUCCUCGAUACAUUCCGCUCGAACAGGACGUGGGAGAUCCAAGAUAAUCCAGGGGCGGACGAUGUCGUCCUCACCCGGAAGUUCGGGAGUGAGAGCUUGAAGCUCACCUUCCAAAUAUCCGAUAUCGACCCCCUCGCCGAAGAGGAAGACCCCGACCACGUAGCGGCGCCAGUAGCCGACGAGGGCGCAGAGGACGUCGCGGCAGAGGACACCCCGCCUUACAUUACCGUCUCGCUCGUGAUCUCCAAGCCGGCUCACCCGAACGCGAUGAGCGUGGAUAUGGAGGCGGGGGAGGAGGGCAUGGUGAUUACGAAUGUGGCGAUGUUUGAGAGGGGGGUCGCGCUGGCGGAAGGGAAUGAGGGGGAUUGGGUCAGGGGAGGACGGUACAUGGGGCCUCAAUUCGAGCACCUCGAUACUGGCGUGCAGGAUUCUUUCCAGGCUUAUCUGGCCGAACGUGGAGUCGACGAUGCUCUUGCUCAGUUCAUCCUUCAAUACGCAGAGUACAAGGAGCAGCGGGACUACGUCAGCUGGCUGGAGCAGGUGAAGGGCUUCGUUGACCAGUAG